UUUUAAUUGUAUCGGUAAUUUCAGCAUAGGAUACACAAAAUAGAUGUACCUGUGUAUUUAAUACUUUAUAUCCCUUUUAACAUUCAAAUAAAUGGGGGUUUUACGAACUAGAAACUGGGUAAGCUUAAUCACAUUAGUUCUUGUUACGAUUUAUUUGAUUUGUUCUUGGACUGCAGCUUCAUCAUCAUCAUCAUCAUCAUCAUCAUCAAAAGAUGUCUUGAUAAACCAACAAAAUAUUCCAAAUGAUCGUCUAACAUCGAGUCGAUUAAAAAUACUUUUAUCAGCAUUGGCACAUAUUCGUCUUGGCUAUGUCGCUAAUAGAACACCCUAUUAUUCUAUUCCGCCUCUAUUAAUAGUAUAUAGUUGUAAAAGAAAUCAAACAUGUGGAUCGUUCGAUAAACGCAUGUUAGAUGUCGUUAAUAGUUAUUACUUUUCCAUGUUACAGCAAGGAUCAGCAUUUGCAUAUGACAUGACAUGGCCAGUUAAAUGGGAAUGGUAUUUUGAAUCAUCGCCUUCUUACAUGGCUAUGAAUUCAGAUCAAGCAAAAUAUUACAUUGAAAAAAUUGAAUCAAGCCAUCAACUAUUACAAGAGAAUACCUUGACACAACUUGAACUCCAACAACGAUCCUUUCUCGAAGACUACAAACGUAAUCAGGUAUCCAUUGUCAACGUGAGACAGUGGCAGGGUGAUUGGAUCCAUCUUGCUCAAAACCCAUCCAUGAAGCCGCUUCGAGACAAAUAUCGACUGAAUCAUCUUCAACAAAAAUCAGAUUGGUUUUGGCUUGCAAGUCGAAUACUCUUUAGUAGGCCUACUGAGAGAUUUGCAAAGUUAUUAGAGCCUUAUCGUGAUUUAUUAGGGGAAAGAGUAGAUAUGUCGAUCAAGGAUAUACCUGCAUUAGACAACUAUGGACAAGUAAUACGAACAUCUUUAACUCACAAAAGGGGCUGGUUUCGUAUUGGACUUCGUGUUAAUGAAAAAAAACAUGUCACUUGCCUUGUCAAUCAUAUCAUUCACAUAUGUCGAAAGCGACAGCACUGCCAUAUCUUUAUCUCUGCUGAUAGUAGGGAUCAAUUAAACCUUCUACGCGCUCACUUCCGUCGUUCUUCCACGGUAGCUGUUCAUGUUAUAGCUGAAGGCUAUGAAUUUAUUAAUUUGGAUCAUUUAUCAGUAGAUCAAAAUGAAGAUCAAACUCGACUUGUUAAAAAAUUUGCUCGACCCUUUAUGGAUUGGACUAUUUUAUCUCGACUGGAUUAUUUAGUGGGAUUUGAAAAUGAUCAAUUCUUAAAGACAGCUGCAUGGGCUUCUCAGGUUCAUACAGAUGUGAUUAGUAGCUCCUUUAAUCAUUGUAAAAUAGCACCAAUGACUGAUUGGUAACCUUUAUUAUUAUACUACAACUUAUAAUCUGUUAAUAAUAAAGACCUAUUUAUUGUAAAUAAAUAGAAAAAGAAAAAAAAGAAAAAGAAAAAGAAAAGAGAGAGAGGGAAGGAAGGAAGGGAAGAAGAUAAUAAAGAGAUUAUG